CCCGCCACCAUGAAGUGGAUGUUUAAGCAGGACCCCUCGCUGGAGCACAGAUGUGUGGAAUCCGCGAAGAUCAGAGCGAAAUACCAUGACCGGGUUCCGGUGAUCGUGGAAAAAGUCUCCAGGUCUCAGAUUGCUGACAUUGACAAGACGAAGUACUUGGUCCCAUCUGACAUCACUGUGGCUCAGUUCAUGUGGAUCAUCAGGAAAAGGAUCCAGCUUCCUUCUGAGAAGGCCAUCUUCUUGUUUGUGGAAAAGGCAGUCCCACAGUCCAGCCUAACUAUGGGACAGCUUUACGAGAAGGAAAAAGAUGAAGAUGGAUUCUUGUAUGUGGCCUACAGCGGAGAGAACACUAUUGGCUUCUGAGACCUUGCUGGGCUAGGUGCACCCUUCCUGCCUGUGUAUCUUGUAAAUAACUGGCUGUUCUCAGUUACUCCGCCGGAGCCUCCACACAGACCUACUAGUGCUUUUCUAACUGGAUUUAUUU